GCACAGCCGCCGCUUUCUCCUCGUUCAGGAUCCCGAGCCCCGUCUCAAAGGAUGCCUCGCUAUGAGCUGGCUUUGAUUCUGAAAGCCAUGCAAAGGCCUGAGGUGGCAGCAACGCUGAAACGCAGAGUGGAGGCUUUGCUGGAGAGAGGAGCUGUGGUGAGGAAGUUGGAAAACCUGGGAGAAAGGACCCUGCUGUAUAAAAUCUCAAAGCAUAAUCAACGCCACACAAGAGGAGGGCUCAUGUUUACCAGAAGUGCCAAGUACCUCUGGGACUCCUACUUUGGCUCUUGCCUGACAGUAGAUAAGUGA